AUGCCGUCCAAGUUGGCGUGCCUGGGGCAUUCAGAGGCAUCUCCCCCGCAGCCCACCGCCCAGGGGCAUCUGCAGCCCGAAGGCAGAAUGCUGAAGGGACAGCUUCCCAACGCAGGCCAAGACCUCGUGCCCCACCCAGGGUCCCUGCCCACCAACGGCUGUCAGGGCCCCGAGAAGAGCCCCGUGCCCCCUCUGAGCCUUCCAGCGGGUAUCGGCAAUGAGGACCCACAAGCCAAGGCAAAACCCUUCACCCCAAAGCCACCGACGAGGCCCAGGCUGGAGCGAGCUCUGUCGCUGGACGAGAAGGCGUGGAGGAGGCGGCGCUUUCGAACCAGCCACGAGGACCUGGCCACGCGCGGUGGGACCAGCCCCUCCAGGGGCUCUUUGCAGGACGAGGCCCCCCAGCCCCCCACCCACACCGGCUCCCCACCCUGCCUGAGCACCUCCUUGCAGGAGAUCCCCACGUCCCGCAGGGCCCAGGGCAGUACGGGAGGGGGCCCCUCCUCGUGGGGUCACUGUAUCUCCGGAAUGAUCAGCACCUCCCUGGACCUCCUGCACCGGGACGGGGCCUCGGCGGGGAGCACCACCAGGCUGCCCGCCGUGGACCAGAAGGCGGCCUCCAACCCGCCGUGGACCGCAAACUCCACCGGCAAGUCCCGCCUGCAGAGCAGACUGUUCCGGGCCCACAGCAGCCUGGGCCCCGGCCGGCCCCCGAGCCCCCUGGCCUGUGAUGCCAAACCCUCCUUCAGCCUCCUGGCACCCAUCCGCGCCAAGGACGUCCGAAGCAGGAGCUACCUGGAGGGGAGUCUCCUGGCGAGCGGGGCCCUGAUGGGGGCGGACGAGCUGGCCCGGUACUUCCCGGACCGCAGCAUGGCCCUCUUCGUGGCCACCUGGAACAUGCAGGGCCAGAAGGAGCUGCCCCCGAACCUGGACGAGCUCCUGCUGCCUGCCGAGGCCGACUACGCCCAGGACCUGUAUGUCAUCGGGGUCCAGGAGGGCUGUUCCGACAGGCGGGAGUGGGAGGUGCGCCUGCAGGAGACGCUGGGCCCCCGCUACGUGACGCUGUACUCCACGGCCCACGGGGCGCUCUACAUGUCCGUGCUCAUCCGCAGGGACCUCAUCUGGUUCUGCUCAGAGGUGGAGAGCUCCACGGUGACCACGCGCAUCGUGUCUCACAUCAAGACCAAGGGGGCCCUGGGCGUCAGCUUCACCUUCUUCGGCACCUCCUUCCUCUUCAUCACGUCUCACUUCACCUCCGGAGACGGGAAGGUGAGCGAGAGGCUGCUGGACUACAGCAGAACCGUCCAGGGCCUGGCGCUGCCCAGGAGCGUGCCCGACACCAGCCCCUACCGCUCCGACGCUGCGGACGUCACCACCCGGUUCGAUGGGGUGUUCUGGUUUGGAGACUUCAACUUCCGUCUGAACGGAGGGCGCGUGGCCGUGGAGGCCAUCCUGAAGCAGGACCUGGGGGAGAAGGUAUCUGCCCUGCUCCAGCAUGACCAGCUCACCCAGGAGAUGAAGAAAGGGUCCAUCUUCAAAGGCUUCCAGGAGCCAGACAUCCAUUUCCUCCCCUCAUACAAGUUUGACAUUGGAAAGGACUCCUACGACACCACCUCCAAGCAAAGGACCCCCUCCUACACGGAUCGGGUCGUGUACAGGAGCCGCCACAAGGGCGAUAUCUGUCCGGUCAAGUAUUCCUCCUGCCCUGGCAUCAAGACGUCCGACCACCGCCCCGUGUACGGUCUGUUCCGGGUGAAAGUGAGGCCAGGGAGAGACAACAUCCCCCUUGCUGCUGGCAAGUUUGACCGCGAACUGUACUUGAUAGGAAUUAAAAGACGCAUUUCCAAAGAAAUUCAGCAGCAGCAGGCACCAAAGGAUCAGCAUUCCAGCACAAUCUGUACAGUCUCUUGA